ACCCAAGCUUUUCUCCCGCUACACGGUAACCCUCCUGUUGUUUGUUUGCAAGCAAGAUUGUUCAUAGGUCAAUGUGACCCACUCUAUUUUAGUCCUCAACAAAUGCAAGAACAUGCAAAUUCUAUUUUUCAAAAUAUGUCUUUAAAAAGAAAAAAUUAGACCGAAAUUAAUGUUAUCCUAAAUUAACAAAUUGAAAAAUUUUCAAGUGAUUCAAUCUGAUGGGAAGCAUAACUGGAACACUAGUGUAUUUUCCAUUUAGUCUUUAAUCAACCGGCCAUGCGUGUUUGUGGAAGGAAACCGGAGAAAACCCACGCUGGCAAAGGGAGAACAUUGCAAACUCCAUGUGGGCAGGGCUGGAUGUGAACCCUGGUCCUCAGAACUGUGAGCUCAUUCUUGUUUUAAUAACCAAAAUGUCUCAUGCAGAUGUCUUCAUUCUUGUGCAAUCAAACAAAAUAUGAACACUUGUGGGGCUGGUGAUGUCACUGAAUUUUCUUUGAUUUAAUGUUGUGACUUUUGGCUUGUGUCAUCGAGCGAGGCAAUCACAUGACUUGUUUGCCACCGAUUUUAUGCUUUUCUGAUUAUUUUUCUUCACGCUUGGAACCAGUAGGGGCAGGAUCACUGGCUGAGAAGUGAACCCACACCUUUGUUUGAUUACAUAAAGGGUGCAAAUGACUUUCUGUAAAAAUACGUCACUCACUGAUGCCCAACACCCCACAAUGAAAUAUUCUCCCCCAAGAUGGCAGAAGGUACAACUGAGUUAUGUAUCCGCCUGUUGCCAUUCAUACAGCAGAUGAAGUCAUGGGCUCCUGCCCGUCUCUCAACUUUUUGUUCAAUAGGCCUAAAUGUCAUACUGUGGAUGAAGAGAAGAUCACUAUUUCACUGUGAAGUGCACUCUGCGCAAACCAGCCUUAUGCGUGCAUUUUAGGUUUAGCCAAAAAUUUCACCCUAAGAUUUGUGAGAAGUGUACAAUGUCAAUAAAAGUCGGAAAAGUCCCAUCCCUCCACAUCCCACUGCAAUCCACCUCCACAUUUUCCCCGCGUCUCCUCCUCGCUGUCGAGUCGCUGAGUCCACGGUUGUAGCAACAGCGGUCGACCACUGCUAGGCGCUGUUGGCCAAGUCUUCUCCCGGUUCUCGCCGCUUCUCUCGGCCUCUCUCUCUCUCCCUCUCCCCGUCAGGCCCUGCCUGCCUCUCUGCCUCAGCCAACCCGGGCUGUGCCGAGCUGCUCCCUGCGGGAUCAGAGCGCUCCCCCGCCGGGACCCUUCUCUCACAUCCCCCUGCUGGGACGCGGCUACAUUUCCAGCCAAGCACUGCCUGCCUUGGCUUUAUUAUGUGUGUCUGCGCCGCAGCCCCGCCAGCAGAGGCAGGCAGAGGAGGAGGAGGGAGACUGGUAGCCAGAGUCAGGACAAAGAAAAAGCAGGGAGACAGAGGCUAGCGAAUAUCUGGCUCUUAUUAACACCACAGGGCAAGGGCUUUGGGAAAUAGUAACACGUUCGUAGUCAAAUUCCUCACGCGAAGGGGGGCGGAGAUGCGCCAAGUCCGUGCCACCCCAACACAACUAGCAAAGGGACGGAGCACGCACCACGCUUUCCCGGAGGGCAAAGACGAACUCAACUAGAAACAGACCGCGAUAGAUAGCAAAGGGGGCAUCUUCCGUUCACCGACACACGUAAAUACCUUCAGCGCUCGUCGACUCUCGUCACCUGGACCUUCCCGUUUAGCUAGAAAACGGCCCGCUUGUGCGGUAUUUGAGUGUCACGUCGCAAAGAAGUUGUUUAUUCUACAGGUUGCUUCCUCUUCGUUGCUAACGCUAAGUGUUACCACUCCACACUUUUCGGGUUCUGUGUUUCCGGACCCACGCGGCUUAUUUUUUCCUCCCACCCCCGACCCCUCCCAACGAAGCCGACCCGAGCGAGAGAAGGUGCCGCAUUGCAACAGGCGAACUAGCCCCGGCCGAGUAGAGGAGGAGGGCGGUUGAACCUCGGCUGCGGCCGCCUGAAAACACGGAACGGAGCAAAGGCAAACGCAACAAAACAUCAACAACAGUCGAGUUCAACCGAGAGCAGAGAUGUCCAGACGGAAACAGGCUAAACCGCGCUCCGUUAAAGGAUUCCAUAUGUCCCAAGGGAAACUGACAAUGAUAGAAAGAUAUGAGGAGAUGAAUUAAAAACUUCCAUUGGUGGGAGUCGGGAGAAAAAGGGAGAUCAGAGCAAUGGAAGAAGGGGAGCUUUCAGAAUGUGGAAGGACCUGGGAUGAAUCGACUGCCCAGACAGAGGUCUCAGCAUCAGUAAAAACGGUUCAGCCUAAGGACGGUCAUGGGGCGGUUCCUGAGGACACAGAACAAGAGGAGCCUGGUGACCAUGACGACGAGCUUGAUGAUGACUCUGUAUUCACCUGUGACAACUGUCAGCAGGACUUUGAAUGUUUGGCUGAGCUCACAGAACACAGAACCAACCACUGUCCAGCAGACGGUGAUGAUGACCCAGCCGGGCUCUCCUGGGUACCUUCCUCGCCCUCCAGCAAAGAUGUGGCGUCGCCUUCGCAAAUGCCCGAUGGCUCUUGUGACCUCGGCAUGGCCACCGGUGGCGAGGAGGAAGGAGGCGCGGGUCUGCCAUACCCGUGUCAGUUCUGCGACAAGUCCUUCAGCCGGUUGAGCUACCUGAAACGCCACGAGCAGAUCCACAGUGACAAGCUGCCUUUCAAGUGCACCUUUUGCAGCCGUCUCUUUAAACACAAGAGGAGCAGAGACCGCCAUGUCAAACUUCACACAGGAGAUAAGAAGUAUAGUUGCCAAGAGUGUGAAGCUGCAUUUUCCCGCUCUGACCAUCUAAAGAUCCAUCUCAAGACACACAGCUCAAGUAAACCAUUUAAGUGCAGCGUGUGCAAACGAGGCUUCUCCUCCACUUCAUCAUUGCAGAGCCACAUGCAGGCGCACCGCAAGAACAGAGAGCACCUUGCGCAGAGGAGUGAGAAGGAUGGAGGCAAAAAGGGCGCUGGUGGAGAGGUUGACCUGGAGCAGGACCUGUACAUGUGUGAUUACUGCGAGGAGACUUUCAGCCAAACUGAUGAGCUAGAGAAACACGUCCUAACCAGGCACCCCCAGCUGUCCGACCGAGCCGACCUGCAAUGCAUCCACUGUCCCGAGAUCUUCCUUGACGAGGCCUCACUCCUCACUCAUAUUGACACGCAGCACGCCAACCGCAAACACAAAUGUCCUGUAUGUUUAGAACAGUUCCCCUCUGUUGAGGAUGUCUACUGCCACCUUGACAGCCAUCGCCAGCCUGAUUCUUCCAAUCACAGUGCUGCCAGCCCCGACCCUGCGCUGGGGAGCGUCGCAUCAAUGAGUUCUGCUACUCCAGACUCCAGUGCCAGUCUGGAGAGAGGAUCCACCCCUGACUCUACCCUGAAGCCCAGCCAUGGCAGUGAACGUGGCCGCAGAAGAGGCAAUGACAGUGGGGAAGAGAUGGGGAUCAGCUUAGUGCAUCCAGGUGGAGGUGGAGGUGGAGGAGGAAACUGGGCUAAAGUGACAUACUCUUGCCCUUACUGUUCGAAGAGAGACUUCAAUAGCCUAGCAGUAUUAGAGAUCCAUUUAAAAACCAUCCAUGCUGACAAGCCACAGCAGAGCCAUACAUGUCAGCUGUGCCUGGACACACUGCCAACGCUCUACAAUCUCAAUGAACAUGUGCGCAAAGCUCACCGUUCCGGUGGAGGAACAGCAAGUCCAGCAGCAGCAGCCUUUCCCCUUCUGCAGUUCACCAAUGUGACAGCAUUCCAUUGUAACUACUGCCCUGACAUGUUUGGAGACAUUAACUCUUUACAAGAACACAUUAGAGUGUCCCACUGUCUGCCUGGUGGAAUUAUGGCAGGGUCCACCACAUUAGAGGGGAACCAUGCCUUCUUCUGCAACCAGUGCUCCAUGGGGUUCCUGACGGAGUCUUCGUUGACAGAACACAUUCAACAGACUCACUGCACCUCCGCUCUGGGGGGCGGGGCAGCCUCUGGGGGGGCAGUGGCCAAACUGGAGUCUCCUGUUCUACAGCCCACCUCCCAAUCAUUCAUGGAGGUUUACUCCUGUCCAUAUUGCACCAAUUCUCCAAUCUUUGGUUCACUCCUCAAGCUCACCAAGCACAUAAAGGAGAACCACAAGAACAUUCCAUUGGCUAACAACAAGAGACAGGCAAAGGUGGCUGACCUAAGCCCCACGUCCUCGGAUGUAGAGAUCUCCUCACCAAAACGCCACAGACUGGCAGGGGACUCCACGCCUUCCAUAGGGAGCAACGGGGACUACCCAUGUAACCAGUGUGAUAUGCGAUUCGCCAGUUUUGAGGGCUUCCAGGCGCACCUGAAGUCACAUUUGGAGAUGAUCCUGAGGCGCCAGUCCUGCCCCCAGUGUAACAAAGAGGACUUUGAGUCCCAGGAGGCACUGCUGCAGCACCUCACUGUGCACUACAUGACCACUCUGACUCAGUACAUGUGUGAGAGCUGUGACAAGCAAUUUUCCUCUGUGGAUGACCUGCAGAAGCACCUGCUGGACAUGCACACUUUUGUGUUGUACCACUGUACACUCUGCCAGGAGGUCUUUGACUCCAAGGUCUCAAUACAGGUUCACUUAGCAGUGAAGCACAGCAAUGAAAAGAAGCUGUUUCGCUGCACAGCCUGCGCAUGGGACUUCAGGAAGGAAACAGAACUUCAGCUCCAUGUUAAACACAACCAUGUGGGUCAGAGGUCAGGCCUUCCUGGAGGGCUUGGAGCAGGGCUCAAGCCCAGGAAGUGCAUCUUCUGUGGGGAGACAUUUGGAACAGAGGUGGAACUUCAGUGUCACAUCACAACUCACAGCAAGAAGUUCACGUGUCGCUUCUGCGGCAAAUCCUUCCAUGCUAUCUCACUGUUAGAAAGACAUCUGAGGGAGAAGCACUGCAUAUUUGACGGGGGCAACAUCACUGGCAAUGGGGGUGGCACGGGGAGCAGCAGCAGCCAGAAUGGCACCCCGAAUGGACUGAGUCAGUCGGUCAAAAGAGGAGGGAGUGGAGGCGGUGCGAGUGCCGUGGAAAGAACGACAGUGGCAGCUGCAGAACAAGCCGACCUCCAGAACAUGCUGCUGAAGAACAGCGUAGCCGGGGUAGCAGGAGGCCAAGGAGGAGAUACAGCCAACAGCCACGAAGCCAGUGGAGGUGAAGAGGAGUUGGACAAUUCUGAGCCAAUGUAUGCCUGCGACAUAUGCGGAGCGGCCUAUACCAUGGAGUCCCUUCUUCAGAACCAUCGGCUGCGUGACCACAACAUCCGACCAGGGGAGGAUGAUGCUGGCUCUCGAAAAAAGAAGGCCGACUUCAUCAAGGGGAACCACAAAUGCAACGUCUGUUCCAGAACAUUCUUCUCCGAGACUGGGCUUCGUGAGCACGCACAGACGCACCGUGGUCCUGCUAAACACUACAUGUGUCCAAUAUGUGGUGAACGAUUCCCCUCUCUAUUAACCCUCACAGAACACAAGGUUACCCACAGUAAGAGCCUGGACACAGGAACGUGUCGAAUCUGUAAGAUGCCCCUGCACAGUGAGGAGGAGUUCAUAGAGCACUGCCAGAUGCACCCUGACCUCCGAAAUUCCCUCACGGGCUUCCGCUGCGUCGUCUGCAUGCAAACUGUCACUUCGACCCUGGAGCUCAAGAUCCACGGCACUUUCCACAUGCAGAAACUCUCCACUGGUUCUGGUCUUGGAGGAACCGGAGGGGGCUCUGGGAAUGGAGCAGGGAACGGUUCCACCUCUUCCUCCCCCAACGGGCAACUGCAGCAUCACAAGCUGUAUAAGUGCGCCUUCUGCCUAAAGGAAUUUAAGAACAAAGGAGAGCUUGUGAAGCUGGAUGUCAACGGCUUGCCUUACGGACUUUGUGCCAGCUGUAUGAGCAGGGGCACUAACGGCCAGAGCCCCAACCAAGGAGGGGCUCUCGCACCGGGGGACACGCAGGGAGAGAAGCCUGUGUCUGGGCUCCGGUGUCCCGAGUGUGGGGUGAAGUUUGAAAGCCUGGAGGACUUAGAGACUCACGUACAGACUGAUCACCCUGAGGUCAGCCCUGAAACGAGUUCAGCAGGGAAGAAGGCGGAGGCUUCACCUGCACCUAAGAAAAAGACCUACCAGUGUAUUAAGUGCCAAAUGACAUUUGAAACAGAGCGAGAGAUCCAGAUUCAUGUUGCAAAUCACAUGAUCGAGGAGGGCAUCAAUCACGAGUGCAAGCUGUGUAACCAGAUGUUUGAUUCACCUGCCAAGCUGCUCUGCCACCUGAUCGAACAUAGUUUCGAAGGCAUGGGAGGUACCUUCAAGUGUCCCGUCUGCUUCACAGUGUUUGUACAGGCCAAUAAGCUGCAGCAGCACAUCUUUGCAGUCCAUGGUCAAGAGGACAAGAUCUAUGACUGUUCGCAGUGUCCUCAGAAGUUCUUCUUUCAGACUGAACUGCAGAACCACACACUGAGUCAGCACGCGCAGUGAGACCGAGGCCCGGCAGGAUCUCUCGGCUCAGUCGGGGCCCCCGACCCGGAGCCGGCGGGGGAGCUACAUCUCCACAUCACAGCCAAUCAAAGUGUCAUUUGCCACUCACAUGUAAAAGUGUAACGAUCGCACCACUGGGUGUGGCUAUUAGCAGCAGCGGGAGGGGGGAGGGGGGGUGAGGAAUAUUAAUGGGAUAUGCUAUUAAAUAAAGAAAGGGAAGCAGGAUCAAGAGAAGAAAGGAGGGGGAGUCAAACAAGGUGUUGUAUGUGCAGUAUUUUUAAUCGUCUCGGCCAAAUUCUCGGUUACCAUGUAAUUAUUUUUUAAGAGAUGAAAAAGAAAAAUACUCCUUUUUGUUUUGGAUCAUGUUCAUAGGUUCUAGAAAAAAUCAUUUCUGCUUUUCUUCGGUCAGUGCCCAUUUUUUUUACCCUUCUUUCAUACGCAUUUUAUUUUCUUCUUUCAUGUUUUCUAUUUGAGUUCUCGCCGUAAGUAGGUACUCGUGCCGUGUACUUGUGAAUGUCUGUCCUCCAGUUGGAAGCCCCCCCCCACAAAUCUCCUUUCUAUGAUUAUUGUUAUAUAUAUAUUUUCUUCUCUUUUUGUAAUUACUAUCAAAGAAAGACAAAGGAACAAAUUAAAUUGCAGAAUACCAUGCAGAUGUUUCUCUUUUUUUCCAGUCUUCAAUGAGCCUCUAACGGUUAUUGUAAAAACAUAAAAAUUAAAAAUAAAAACCUCAAUUUCAGUGCAUCUGGUGAAUGAACGCUUUUUAAAUGUGAAUUAACCAGAUGGCAAUAAUAUAGUACAGACAAAAAAAAAAGAUAAAAACAAAUAAAUACUUGACAAAUGAA